AUGGAAGCCGAGGAAAUCCACGACAUCUGCUAUGUCCGCAACGCCCACAAGCGGCAGAAACUCGACCUUUACUUUCCUGCGAGUCGCAGCCGCCCUUGCCCAUUGAUCAUCUACAUCCAUGGAGGAGCAUUCGCAUUCGGGACCAAGAAGACAGAACUGGUGCCCAAGCAUCUUCGAGACCAUGGCUACGCUGUCGCAUCACUCGAUUACCGGCUUAGCGGAGACGCCAUCUUCCCUGCAGCACUGGAGGACUGUAAAGCCGCCGUCCGUUGGUUGCGAGCACAUGCGGGGAGAUACCAAAUUGAUGGGGGUCGGUUUGUGGCGUGGGGAGAAUCGGCGGGAGGACAUCAGGCUGUAAUGCUGGGCGUGACCGGGGAUACGAAGGAGUUUGAUGUGGGCGAACAUCUGGACAUCUCCAGCAAGGUGCAAGGGGUCGUGGAUUACUACGCGCCAACCGAUUUCCUGCAGAUGGACGACCACGCUUUGCCAGGGAGCCUGGAGCACAAUGCAAGAGAGUCGCCGGAAUCGCGCUAUAUUGGCGGGCCCAUAACAGAAAACCGAGCUCUGGUUGAGAAGGCCAAUCCAAUUACCUGGAUCAAGCGCCAGCUGCCACCUUUCUUCAUCGCCCAUGGUACCGAGGACCGCAUUGUCCCCUUGCAUCAGAGCGAAUUGCUUGUAAGCGCGUUGGAGAAGGUCGGGGCUCGUGCUAUAUUCCAUCCUGUUGACGGCGCUGAGCAUGGAUUUCAAGGGGCGACUGAGGAACAGACCCAGGCACUCAAAGAAGCGACUGAGAAGUUUCUGAAAAAUCUCUUUGACAGUCUUUGUUGA